AGCAACUCGGACCACUUAGAUUUCGAGUUCGCCUCACAGAGUAGUCUCGCCCGCCCUUUCGGGGGAGAGCAGAUAACCGUGUAAUGGCGACGGGUUUGGUAAGUGAGAAACUUUCGGGCAAGAAAACAAAAGGCUGGCAGUUCUUCGGCAAAGCAGCGGUGUAGCGAGACCGCGGCGAUACGGGCAGAGAGAGCGGAACGAUGGGGCGACGGCGCGCGGACCGAUUGCGAGUGACACCGCGCUGCUGAGGAGAUAUUUGACGGCGACUUGCGUUGUUUUUGUCAGAGUUUUUGUUUUGAUUCGAGCUCUGGGAGACUAGUCUCUGUCCAUCCGUGACGUCUCAGCUUCAUUCAUUGCACCAUCUUGACAGGUCGACAGUGGCCGUGUCCGAACUUGUUGACAUUCCUGCUAAACUGCUUUAUAAAACCGUAAAGCUUUGUGGAUUGUUUAUUCUCCAGUGCGGACUUCCGUUUUUUAUUCACUUUGUUUUGUUGUUUCCAGUCUACUUUUGUUCACAAUAAAUUGAACUUGCCAAAGGCACGCAAAGCUUGUGUGGCUUAUUAAACUUUUGUGACGGGGGGAGGGGGCGACAGGCUAUAUUUUUAGUGUCAGCUCUCAAGGGAGAAAAGAAACAAAAGCAAGAGAAAACUUCUUGGAGGGGCUACAAAUGCAAAUCUACUGAUCUGCGUUUUUAUUCGUUUUUAUUAACAUACGUCAGGUAAAGUGACAUGGAAUAAUAUGGUGUGGGAAGUGAAGAGAAAAUCUGGGCCCAACACUGUGAAAAAACGUCAGCUACUCGUGGAGGAAACCGUUUCAAGAAUGGAUGAUCCUUUUGAGAUGUUAAAGUGCAAAGAAGACCUGCCCUCAUCCCCAGGAUAUGUGUCUAGUGAGAAUCGCAUGGAUUAUGAUGACCUCCCAGAAUUACAGGCUGUACAAGAAGACGCAGGUUCCUCCCCUUUAUAUCAAAUUAGUCCUGGAGUGUCUCAUCAAGAAUGUCCCCGAUCUGUUUGGACACCUCAUACAUCAAGCCUUUUGGAUAGCACUGGAUCCCCAGAUAAUGGCACCAACUGGCUAGCUGAACUAGCAAACAUAGCAACAAGUCCACAAAGUCCAUUAAUGCAGUGCACUUUUUACAACAGAUCUUCUCCAGUUCAUAUAAUUGCCACAAGUAACAGCUUACAUUCCUAUGCUCGACCACCACCAUCCAGUACAGACGGUGAGCCAAACUACUCAAAGAAUCAUUGGAAAGAGCGAUCCAUACAUAAACAUGAGCGGGCAAACAGUGAAUCAGAGUCUGGUAUUUUCUGCAUGUCUUCAUUGUCGGACGAUGAUGACCUGGGAUGGUCCCAUUCCUGGCCAUCCACUGUAUGGCAUUGCUUUUUAAAAGGCUCACGCCUGCGCUUUCACAAAGGCCAUAAUGUUGAGUGGCAGGAUGUUGAAGAUGUUGCAGAUUCUGAAGAUGAGUUUGAGGAAGAGGGAGACUCCCAAAGUCAUUCCCUGAAGAAUUACGGGUCUGAAGGUCUAAAAUUAGUGGCGCAUGAAGAAAGUGUUUCUUUUGGUCAGUCAGUUCUGAAUCUGACAUUUGAUCCAGGCUUACCCGAAUAUGGACUUUUAACAGCAGAGUGCCAGUUGGAUCAUCCUUUUUAUGUUAAAAGCAAAGGUUGGUCUUCCUUCUAUCCAAGCCUGACUGUUGUUCAGCAUGGAAUCCCCUGUUACGAGAUGCAGGUUGGAGACCUAUGCCUACCUCCAGGACAUCCAGAUGCCAUAAACUUUGAUGACUCUGUUGUAUUUGAUACAUUCAGGAGUUACGAUUUUACUCCCCUGGAUUCCUCCGCUGUAUACGUGUUAAGCAGCAUGGCUCGCCAGCGUCGGGCUUCCCUAUCCAGCGGAGGUGCUGUCAGCCCGGACUUUGAACAAUCGAGCAGAGACUUUGUGCCAUCUGGAACAGCCCAGUCUUGUACUUUUUACAGUAAAGCUAACAAAGGUCACAACUCAGGGACAACAACAUCCAACAAGUGCAAAAGACCAAUGAAUGCCUUCAUGUUAUUUGCUAAAAAAUACAGAGUCGAAUAUACACAGAUGUACCCAGGGAAGGACAACAGAGCCAUAAGUGUGAUUCUUGGAGAUCGAUGGAAGAAGAUGAAAAAUGAGGAGAGGCGAAUGUACACGAUGGAAGCUAAAGCCUUAGCAGAAGAGCAGAAGCGUCUCAAUCCAGAUUGCUGGAAAAGGAAAAGGACAAAUUCUGGCUCACAACAGAAUUAGGCGUUUGAGUUUACCUGCCAUUGCAAUCUGAACUGGAUGAACGUGACGACACAGCGACUGCCUUCACAGUCUCCUACGAGGUGUUUUUGUGAAGUUUGUUUUUUUUUUCUCUCCAGCUUCCUGUGAUAAAAAUCACAAAGUUUUGCUUUUAUAGGCAAAUACAAAAAAAAAAAAAAAAAAAAAC